ACACUGGAUGUCGUCACCAUUUUAUCCCCAUUUACAAACCACACAUAUUGAUGAUGAUAAAUAGUUAUUUAUCAUAGGGGAAAAUGGAGGAGAAACCAACUAUGAGUGAUAUCGAUUUGGACAAGAUCCUUUCUACACCUCAAGAAGUACCACAUUCCGUUGAGGUGGUACUGAGGAAAUUGGAAAUUGCUGAAAUGGGUCGAGCUAAACGAGACAUGGCAGGGAGACUGCACGUGAUCCUGAACAGUGUAAACAAGGCGCUGUGCCGCAUGCGCUUGGCCUCGGCUGUAGAGGAGGAGGAUGAUGACCUGAUAACACAAUCACAGCAUCUGGAGGAGAAGCGCAGGCGUGGCCAGCAGCUCGUCACUAUCCAAGCAUUCCUACAGUCCAGCCAGGACAAGGAAAAUGAGCUCAGCGUGGUCCUCCAGUGGCUCAGAAACAUGAACCAGGAGCUGGUGGAGGUGGAGGAGGAUGAGGACUUCCGGGAGGUGGAUGGUAUCACUGAGGAAUGGGUUGAGGAGAUGCAAGACAAGAUCCAGAGUUUCAUGUCGGACAUCCAAGCUUGCAUUGUACGUCUUCACGAGCUUUGUGGAUUCCUCUUUGAACUCGACACCAGGAAAACCAAAAAGAAAGAAGCAGAACAUAAGAAGGGAGGUGUGUGGCACUGGUGGCUGGAGUCAAAAGUCGAUGCCAGGACGAUACUGAAGAUCCAGGAGCUGCAGCCGCCCACAGUGGACCGCAUGAUGGCGGAGCCCAGCCUGGCCACCAAGUCUUCCACAGAUCUGUCCUUCAUGCUGGGUGACAUCUCCAAGUCCAUGUCCUGCAACAAGGCCAUGAGCAUGGCCUUUAAGUUCAUUCAGACGGGGCUCCACAACCUAAACGAGGCUCUGCAGGAGCGCACAUGCGAGGCCCACAAAGCCCAAGCCCAACUGGAUGAGAUGAAGGCUAAUGACUGCCGUGCUAACCUGGCCCGUGCCAAAGCAGAGCUGGAAGGGGGCAAGACAAGGAUCACCAAACUGGAGGGAGAUAACUAUAACCUUGAGGAGGAGAUCGCAGCGCACAAGUUCCAGAUCCACAAGCUGGAGGGAAUGGUCAGGUCAGGUCAACAGGGUUCUGUGAUUAAAGUGAUUGAGCCGGUGAUGGAAUUCCCCAUGACUCAGAGCCAAACCCAGCCAGAGAGCACCUCAGUCCCAUUCAAUCCGAAAUAUCCCAGACGGCCCCCUCUGCCUAAGAAGGAGCAGAAGCCAAAGAUAGCGCCAUCAGUGGUGGAAUCACAGCUACCCAAGAGCCCACCCAAGACUGAGGCUGGGACGGAGCCAGAGUCCAUUGAGGAGUAUGUCGAAGAGGAGAUACCUCCCACACCUUCCCCUGUGUCUGAAGAGGAGAUCAAGCCCGAGACAUCACCUGAUGAAUUGGACCUCUUUGAGGCCAUGGAGAAGAACAGCACCAGCCUCUUGGAUGGCUUCCAGUCAUCUGUGUUCAACAUAAUUGAAAAGUCCCUCAGUGUUAAGGGUAUAGGCCUAGAGGCAGACAAGGCCAACGACGCCAUCAAACUCUACAUCAUCCUUCAGAAAACCAUCCGAAACUCAUUCAACAACAUCACCUCCAAACUCCAUGGGAAAUUUACAGACAGCAUCCUGGGCAUGCCGUUUGAGGAGGACAAAGUGGCUUGGGAGGGGUUCUGGGACGACACCACCAAGUCACCAGGGGACAUGCUCAAAGAGAUCAACUCUGUGUUCGUCAGCCAUGACCAGAACAUUGAGAGUUUGGGCGCCAAUGUGCACAUGCUCAUGAAAGAAGAAGACAAGAACGCCAAGUCUGCUUCCAAGAAAGGACCCCACCAAGAAUGCCGUCACUCUGUGUCUGAGGUCCUGAUCCAGUUGAAGAACAUCAACAACAUGAGCAAGCAGCAGACCUGUAAGAUGCGCCUGGCCCUGGAGAACCUCAUAGACAUGAACAACAAGUUGGAUAAUGAGCCCAAGACUGAGGAGGAACAGCGAUUCACCAGCCAUUUCUCCAUCUCGUCCUCUGACAGCUUUGUAGAGGAAGAGGAAAUCAGAGUGGAGAAGAAACGCCACCACCACAUCGAGAAAACUGUCAAAGUACCGGUAGUGAAGCGAAUCAAGAGGAGACAUACUCCACAUCAGACAACGAGGCAAGUACUGAAACCCAGACUUAUAGAGACAGCCAACCAGGGGGACAUGGAGCGGUAUAAGAUGGAGAUUGAGGAGGAGGGGAGGAAGAUAGAGAAAACGGUGAUGGUGGGGGCGACCUACCAGGUGAACGUGGUGUCUCAGAGGACCAACCUGAAUCUCCUGAGGCAGGCGGCGAUCAGCGGGGAGAUCUCCACUGAGCUGUACAGCAUGGCCAAGGACCUCAUCACACACAUUCUGGGCAUGGAUGAGAUGAGACUGGCCUGCCUGCUCCGCAAGUUCAUGGCCUACAGAUCAGUGCAGCAAGUCCGUUACAAUCUGAAUAUGCAGUUGGUUGCUGCUCGGGAGCUAAAGGAUGGACAGUCGGUAAAAGAAAUAUACUCCUUCCUGACGAAACUGGAUGUGUACCAGAAACGGACGUUGCGUCGGUGGAGUGCUAAACAAGCUGCUAUUGAACACAGCCGCAAGACCUGCCUUGCUCGCAUGCUAUAUCUUUUCAGUGAGAUAAGACAAGACUACAACGUGCACCUGCUCACCCCGUUCCCGUGCUCCAGCCACUCCCGUCAACAUCUGGCCAUCAAGUCCCACAAGCUGACGUGGUCCCUGAACCCUGGUUGCCAGCGCCACCACCUGCCCACUCCAGCCCAGACCCCCCACCUGGUGAUGCCCGCCUCAGAGGCCGGACCCCUGAGCGGAGUCAGGGAGCUGUUGAGGGGUCAGCUCCCCACACUGUGGCAUUGUAAUCUGACCAUGAACAACAUGCAGCUGGCCAGGAAGAUGGCCUCUCCCCCCUGCAACCUCUCCUCCAUCCCCCUGCUGAUGCAGAUGGACGUCAACCAUAGACGAGCCACUGCACUGCGCUCUGCACAGGACAGGAUGAGUGGGGGAUAGCUGCAUGCUUUCUAGAGGAGAUGUGUUGAUGCAUAGGGAGAUGAUCUACUGAAGGGAUCCAGUCUGUCACUAAUCUCAAACGCCAGCCAAUAAAGAAUACGUUCACUCCAGCCCCAUGCUCCAUGCCUCAUUUACUCCCACACUGUAGUUUUCAGUGGCGUCACAGGACAGCUGAACAAGCACGUGUGCAAAAGGUACAGUUGUUGAGCUGUCGGGAAGAGGCAUCCAGUGAAUCCAGUCGUGACACUAUUAGAAGUGUAUCCGGCUUUCCAGAGCAGUUCUGAGAAUUAACUUUUUUCUGUUUGCGCACCAGCAGGUGAAGACCGCUUGUAGAGCAGUUGUUGCAGCAGUAGCACAGUGACUACAAAUAAUAAUUCACUCACAGUCGCACACAAUAUCCACCAUAUACCUUUGCACAACAAAAGGUGUAUGUACACUCACACUAUAUAUUUACAUUUAAGUCAUUUAGCAAGACACUAUUAUCCAGAGCAACUUACAGUUAGUGCAUUCAUCUCAAGAUAGCUAGGUGGGUCAACCAUAUAUCACAGGCAUAGAAAGUACACUUUUCCUCAAUAACAUAACUAUCAGUAGAGUCAGACUCUGUUGUCCUAGCUUCAUGGGGAAGCUGGUUCCACCAUUGCGGUGCCAGGACAGAGAAAAGCUUGGGCUGGGCUGAGUGGGAGCUGGCCUCCCGUAGGGGUGGGAGGGCCAAGAGACCUGAGGUGGCAGAACAAAGUGCUUGGGUUGGGGUGUAGGGUUUGAGCACAGCCUGAAGGUAGGGAGGGGUAGUUCCUCUUGCUGCUCCGUAGGUAAGCACCAUGGUCUUGCAGUGGAUGCAAGCUUCGAAUGGAAGCCAGAGGAGUGUGCGGUGGAGUGGGGUGACAUGAGCGAACUUGGGAAGGUUGAAAACCAGGUGGGCUGCAGCAUUCUGGAUAAGUUGCAGGGGUUUAAGUGUCACACAUAGAGACCCCUGCCAACAGUGAGUUGCAGUAGUCCAGACAGGAGAGGACAAGUGCCUGGAUUAGGACCUGCGCCGCUUCCUGUGUGAGGUAGGGUCAUGUGUGGAGUACAGAGGAGUCUCUUAAAGAAGAAGUUACAGGUCUGUGAGAGCCAGAAAUCUUGUUUGUUUGUAGGUGGCCAAAUAUUUAUUUUCCACCAUAAUUUGCAAAUAAAUUCAUUGAAAAUCCUGCAAUGGGUGUCACGUUCUUUCAAAAUCAAACCCAGAAGCAGACCAGGACAAGGAGAG